AUGUUUUUUGGCAGGUCCGCUGAGUCCCCCGCGGCAAGCAACACCCGGAGCGGCAGACGUGCGUGCUGGGACAGCAGGGACAGGUUCUUCCAGUGUCUGGACGCCCUCAGAGUGGUUGACCCCCAGGCGGCAGACGUCCAGUCGAAGGUCAAGAGCGAGUGUGGCAGGGAGCGACAGGCCUUCCAAGACAGCUGCCUGCACAGCUGGUUUGUGUACUUCCAGGAGAAGCGUGUGGCAGACUGGAAGAAGAACCAGUACGUGAUGAAGAUAGAGCGAGAGGCGGCCUCGGCGCCGCCCCAAACCCUAAGUAAGAUAGCACGUAUCCCUGUAAAUACCAGUUUAUUCUUUCGCCUUCCACCCUGUUCUGCGCCGUCCCGGUUCGGUUCCCCCGCAAACUCCGGUUUCGCCACUACUCCCUGCGGUUCCUGUUUCGGCUAA